UGGUUCCGCAAACAGUAUAUGAUUGACAUUGUAACAACCCAAUCAGUUGUCAGAUGUAUGCUAAAGCUCCGCCUUUUAGUACCUUCGAAGUAAUGAAGGCUUUAGCUACGAGAAGAGAGUGAGUGCAGAUUAAAAGCAAACACCAAUAAGGCAUGAGUUCUGGGGGCGCGGCUGAGUACUGAUUGGUCGAUGUGGGCAGGGCCUGUCAUUGCCUACAGAGUGCUGGGAAUCUGGUAGAGAGUGUGAGUGGCCGCCUGAGGCACGGAGCCCUCGGCCAGGCCGACCUAUGGAGCUCGAGAAUAUAGUUGCCAACACAGUGCUUUUGAAAGCCAGAGAAGGUGGUGGGGGAAACAGAAAAGGGAAAAGUAAAAAAUGGCGUCAAAUGCUACAGUUUCCUCAUAUCAGUGAGUGUGAAGAGCUGAGGAGAACCUUUGGGAGAGAUUAUCACAGUCUUUGUGACAGACAGCCAAUUGGAAGACUCCUUUUUCGUCAGUUUUGUGAGACUCGGCCAGAGCUGCUUCGAUGUGUUCGCUUUUUGGAUGCAGUGGUAGAAUACGAGGUAUCGCCUGAUGAAAAGCGUAAGGAGUGUGGGCAGCUACUUAUACAGAAGUAUCUUAAUCACGAGAGUGAAGAUUACAUCUCAGAAGUUCCGGAGCAGCUAGUCAGCUGCUGCACUGAGAGUCUGGAGAAUAAACCAUGCAAAGAGCUUUUUAAAGAUUGCUCUAAACUUGUCCAUGACUUCUUGAGUGUGGCUCCAUUUUCAGAUUACCUUGAUAGCAUGUUUUAUAACCGCUUUCUGCAGUGGAAAUGUAUGGAGAGAGAACCAAUUACAAAGAAUACGUUCCGGCAAUACAGAGUUUUGGGCAAGGGAGGCUUUGGAGAGGUCUGUGCCUGCCAAGUACGAGCAACAGGAAAAAUGUACGCUUGCAAAAAACUAGAGAAGAAACGAAUUAAGAAGCGGAAAGGUGAAUCUAUGGCCCUAAAUGAGAAGCAAAUCUUAGAGAGAGUCAACAGCAGGUUUGUAGUUAGUCUGGCGUAUACAUAUGAGACAAAAGAUGCACUCUGCCUGGUUCUCACCUUGAUGAAUGGAGGAGACCUGAAGUUUCAUAUAUACCACAUGGGUGAAGCUGGAUUUGAUGAGGCCCGUGCAGUAUUUUAUGCUGCAGAAAUCUGCUGUGGCCUUCAUGACCUGCACCAAGAGAGAAUAGUGUACAGAGAUUUGAAGCCAGAAAACAUUUUGCUGGAUGACCAUGGGCACAUCAGAAUUUCAGACCUGGGACUAGCUAUGCAUGUUCCAGAGGAUCAGACAAUCAAAGGAAGAGUUGGCACAGUUGGAUACAUGGCUCCUGAGGUGGUGAGAAAUGAGAGAUAUACAUUUAGCCCAGACUGGUGGGGGCUUGGAUGCCUGCUGUAUGAGAUGAUUGAGGGGCAGUCCCCUUUCCAGCAACGGAAGAGGAAGAUAAAGCGUGAGGAGGUAGAGAGGCUGGUGAAGGAAGCACAGGAGGAGUAUUCGGUUAAAUUCUCUCCUGAGGCAAGAUCUCUUUGUACCAUGUUACUCUGUAAAGAUCCUAUGCAACGACUGGGGUGCACAGGCAGGGGGGCUCCAGAGGUGAAAGAGCAUCCGCUGUUUAAAGAUAUAAAUUUCAAGAGACUUGAAGCUGGGAUUCUAGAGCCACCAUUCAAACCAGAUCCUCAGGCAAUUUAUUGUAAGGAUGUCCUGGAUAUAGAGCAAUUCUCCACUGUAAAGGGUGUGGAACUGGAGCAGUCGGACAGUGACUUUUAUCGCAAGUUUGCGACAGGCAGUGUGUGCAUCCCUUGGCAGUAUGAGAUGAUAGAGACAGAUUGCUUUUGGGACCUAAGUGCUUUGCCAACAGAUGGAAGUAUCCCACCUGAUUUAGAUUGGAGGGGUCUGCCUUCUCCUCAGCCCAAAAAAGGACUGCUGCAACGUUUCUUUAGUAGACAGGACUGCUGUGGAAACUGCAGUGACAGUGAAGAAGAACCCACACGCCUAUAGCACCUCCAGGAUCUCUAAACUACUCAUGGAAAUGGACUGUUUACUAUUUUUGCACAUAUACAGCCAUACACCUUACGUGCUGAAAGUGGUUGUGGCUCAGUACUACGUCAUGUGCCUGGGCAUCCUCAGCAGCAGAGUUGUUUUAACAAUGUUAUUGUAUAGUAUAAAUUCAGAUCUAUAAAUAUGGUAAUGUAUAUUUUUAGCAUUUUAGUCCACUGGCUUAAAAACUUUCCUUGCUGCCAUAGGCCAAAGGACUGCACAGGCCUCCAGGAAGGACUGGAUUAAUGGAAUCUCCCCACAAGUAUGCUCACUCAUUUUUUUAAAAAAAAAAUAAUUUUAUGUGCUGAAAAUGUUUUAUUUUUUUAAAAAAUGUUUUGUUUUGUUACUUAUACAGAAAAAUGUCUCUUGAUGGACGACUAUCGCUCCUCCCGCACAUUUAUUUUUAUUUUUUUUAAACAUUGGCUUCGAUUACUUUUGCCAAUUUUUAUUUUCUGGUUUUUAUACUUUAGAUUUUUGACCACAAGUCUGUCAUUAAAGCUAAUAAUUUAUUCAAAUGUGGGUGUUACACUGGAAGAUGUGAAUUGUAGUUGAAAAUCAAAUUUGGUGUGUGUUGUUCCUGCAAAUUCUUACAUUGCAGGUUUUUGGAUGGUACUGACCUAAUUUCCUAAAACCUUAAUCUAAAUUUGUUAGAGGCUCUAAUAUUCCAAUACAGAGACAAUCAAACAUUACUACAUAAUAAACACACAUUUGUUGGCGUGGAGCAAUGUAAAUGUCAACAUAAAGAAGACUUGGACUCCAAAAUAAUGAUUUCCUAUUUACGUAUGGAGAUCUGUGAAAAAACUCUGCAAUGUGUUACAAAAUCGGUAUAUUACUUGAGUAAACAUUCUAGUAAAAUGUGUCUGUAAAGGGAUACUAAACCCAAUUUUUUUUCUUUAUUUCUUUCAUGACUCAGAUAUUCCUCUUAUCAAUUUUUCUUUGUUCUCUUGCUAUCUUUAUUGUGAAAAGCAGGAAUCUAAGCUAAGGAGCCAGUCCAUUUUUGGUUCAGACCCUGGAUAGCGCUUGGUGAUUGGUGAGUAUAUUUAGCCAGCAAACACAACCCAGGUGCUGAACCAAAAAUGGUCCGACUCCUUAGCUUAGAGUCCUGCUUUUUCAAGUAAAGAUAGCAAGAGAACGAAGAAACAAUUAUAAUAGGAGUAGAUUAGAAAGUUGCUUAAAAUCAUGCUGUAUCUGAAUAAUGAAAUUUUUGGGUUUACUGUCCCUUUAAUUCCACUGGAUUAAUAAUUUUGUAUGUAGCUCAGCAGGGUAACUAGUGCCUAAUGGACUGUUGCAUCUUUUUCAAGCAUGCUGCAGAUAUAAGUAAAGUGGAUGGGAUGAUGCAUUUCUUUCCUUCUGAUAUCCAGAACAGGCGUUUGUUAGGAAUAUGAAUCUGUAAUGGCAAGAUGCCACUCUUCCCACACUGCUUUAAUUUUAAUUUUGUUUUUUAUAUUUUUCUUGUGUUUUAUACAUAUGUGUAAAAAAACAAAAAAAACAAAA